UUUCCUUCAUCAGUCUAACAGAGAAAUUCGUGUAUUUUUUUUCUAUCGAAGACAAACCUCAGCAGGACAACAGCACUGUACAGUCACGGAUCGCUCUCUCCUCUUUCCGUCUGCUGGUCAUGUAGUGCAGGAGGUCGAUUGUCGGAAACGACACAUUUCCAGGUAUAGUAUCCGACGAAAUGGUGGCAGAAGAUUUCAGCUCAACACCUUGCCCGCUGUCAAAGGAAUCACAUCAUGAAAAAAUUAUAUUACAAACAGGCGAUGCACAUGGAGUCUCUGAUGAAGAUUCUACCUCGCCAGCUUGGCAGCCGGUGUCAGCUUCUUUUAAAACACCAUCUCUUGAUGCACUGGAAGAUUCACCCAAUGCAAAACAAAAAUACUUCAAAAAAUGCGUGCCCCUAUACAAGGCUGCGGUAGAAGGUGACUGGGAAGCGGCUAGUAGAAUCAUGAUUGAAGAUGAAACUCUUUUACGUGCAUCUAUCACGAAAGGAUGGCAGACUGUUCUUCAUGUUGCCGCAGGAGCAAAACAAGUUCACUUUGUGAAGGAGUUGCUGAAACAGUUGGACAAACGCGACCUAGAAUUACAAGAUCAAAAGGGCAAUACAGCCUUAUAUCAUGCUGUUGCAGCUGGAACCGUACCAGUGGCUAAGAUUUUGAUGCAAAAGAAUCCAAGGCUGCUAGAAAUUUGGGGAGGUCAAGGAUUGUCACCGCUCUAUUAUGCUGCUUUGUUUGGACAUGGCAAGAUGGCUUUGUAUCUCUACCCUAAACUCAUAGAACUUGUUAAUGAGGGGGAAAGAGGUGGGAUAUUUUUCAGCUGCAUUAACAACGGUUUAUACGAACUAGCAUUGAAAAUGCUUAAAGACUAUCCGGAGCUUGCAGUGGUUCGCAACGCGAAUGGUGAGACAGCAUUGCAUUUGUUGGCUCAGAAGCCUUCAGCAUUCGCCAUCAAAACUUCAAGAAUAUUGAAAAACUUCCUUUAUUCUUUUUGCUUUCGACUUGUUCCAGGUACAAACAAGAGAAACUUGACAAGAACGCCCUGCUGUCAAUUACUGAAAUGUCUUUGGGAAGAAGUUUUAUGGCAAAAUGACUCGACUGUUAUCGACGUUAUAAGAAGGCCUUCACAUAUACUAUUUAUGGCAACAAAGCUGGGAAACUUUAAGUUCGUGGCUGAGCUUAUUGGCUCUUAUCCUGAUUUGAUAUGGGAAACAGAUGACAGCAAUCAGAGUUUAUUCCACAUCGCAGUCGCAUACCAUCAGGCAAGCAUAUUCAGUCAGGCACAAAAGCUGGGUUUAAAUAAGAAUAUCGUGCUCUCGUUUAAAGAUGAUAAGAACAACAACAUACUACAUUUAGCGGCGAAGUUAGCUCCAUCAAAUCAAUUAAAUACCGGGUCAAGAUCUACCAUUCAAAUGAAACGAGACUUAUCAUGGUUUAAGGAAGUGAAAAAGUUCGUUCCACCAUCCUACCAAGAGAUGAAAAAUUCAGAGGGCAAAACACCAAAGGAUAUAUUUAUCGAAGAACAUAAUGAACGGGGAGCUCAAUGAAAAAUAGUCUUGAUUUGCAGAUUAGAGGUCUCAAGUUCGAAUCUUCAUGGCACUUUGAUAGUGUGUAUGUGUGCGUGUGAAACCUCAUUCCCUCUUGUAGUUUAAACUAUCUCUUGUGGUUAUAGCCCAUGUAACCCAAUCAGGUUCCACGUGAAGCAAAGACAUCUCCCAUUCACUCGUUGAGAAUGCAUGGCUAAGGAGCUACUCGCCAACAUUUGCAAUAGUGUGGAGACUAGCUACGCAACAAAUGUUAUUAUUAUUAUUUUUUAUUUUAGGGUUAAUUACAGUUUAAUACCAUGUGGUUACACUUUUAAGACAUGUUAGUUUCUACUGUCUUAAUUUUUACAAUAACAUACCC